UACACUUUUUUUUUAUAAGCCUUUAUUAUAUUUCCUUUGCCACCCACACCCACCUCCCAUAUUUAUAAGAUCCCCACUUUAUAUUUUCAUUCCCAAAAAAUCCUAAACAGGAAAAAAAAAAGAAAAAAACCUCAAAGAAACCCAACCAUCACAACUAUUCACACAGAAACAAAAUACUAGUCCCCCUAUUUAUUAACCCAGAAAAAAAGCUUAAUAAGAAGAAGAGGAAGGGUGUGAAAGAGGGUUCAAAUGCAAGAAGAAAGUUGGGAACUUUCGGUGUGUCCAAGCUUCAAUAGCUACUCUUCUGAUAAACUCGUGGACGUAGCCGCUAAAGUGACCCGCGAGUUUGAUCAUCGUGAUCACGAUGGUGAGGAAGCGUUCGAGGAAAACGAGGAGUUCGAGUUCGUGUCCGUUCGUAAAGCCGAGGACCACGUGGUCGUGUUGGACGGUCAGAUCGGUCCGGUUUUCCCGGUGUUCAAUCGCGACCUUCUGUCUGAUCAGAACCCCACCAAAAGUCAACAAAUUACCGACGGCCAGGAUUUGAAGAACAGAGAAGGAGAAGAAGAAGAUGAGGAUGUGCGGUGUCUUCGGAUUCCGCUAAAGAAGCUGUUCAGCGAGGAACAUGAUCCGACGUCGUACUCUUCGUCGUCGUCGGAGAUGGAUGAACUGGAAGGGGUCCCACCUGGUACAUACUGUGUAUGGACCCCACAUAGUAACAGCCCACCAAAAGCCAUAGCCUCAGCCGCCUCACCGAGCCAAUGCAAGAAAAGCAAUUCAACUGGGACGACAACCUCGUCUAAUACAAAGUCUUCUUCUUCUUCUUCCAAACGUUGGAGGCUUAUGAAUUUGCUUCGAAGGAGUAACAGUGAAGGGAAGGACUCGUUUGUCUUUUUGACUCCGAAGAACAAGGAGGAAGAGAUUAGUAAUAGUAAUAAUAGCUUUGAGGAGGAGAAUUCGAAUUCGAAGGAAAUGAAGAAAGUGGUGGUGGUGAAGAAGAAGAAGAAGAAGGAGAAGGAACAAACGGUGUCGUCUGCGCAUGAAGUGUUUUAUGGGAGGAAGAGGGAAAGCAUGGAGAGGGAUAAGAGAAAGACGUAUUUGCCCUACAGGAAAGAUUUGGUCGGAUUCUGGGCUAGUGUUGGUAGCUUGGGUCGGACCUUCCCUCCUUUCUAAAGGUUCUUACCGGAUCAUCUCUCUCAGUUUGACUUUUUCUUUUUUCUUUUUUUAAUAUGAUUGAAUUUAUGUACAAUUACUUAAGAAGUGAUGUACCUUAAAAUUUUUUAAAAUUAAAUUUAACUAUAUGAUUUUGCAAAAUGUUCGUAUGAUUGAUAAAUCAUAUGGUUGAAUUUGAUUGAAAAACUUAAGGUACAAUGCUUUAGGAAUUGCAAGUAAGUUUUAUCUUGAUUUUGUAAUUAGUUUUAAGUUUUAUUUUUAAUGUAAAGAGAUUGUAAUCUAGGAAAUGCAAUUGUUGCUUGCUGGCCCAACAAAGGAAAAGGCAAAAAAGGCAACCAAAAAAAAAAAAAAAAAAUCCAAUAAAAGAAAAAAAAAAAAAGUGUAGAAUACAUGGUGGCAUUUGUUUGUUUGUAUGUUAAUAUUUGUAUUUUACAUGUUUGAGUAAAUAAAUUAUUUUGUUUCUUACUA